AUGGACAAAUUUCUUAUAAAGAAACCAAGAACGGUGCAAGAGUCAACUCCUAUUGAAUCUUUUGAUGAUAGCAACACUCAAAACUCUUUGAAGAGAAGCCGUAUUGACUUGAAUAAUCUCCCCUCGGAUCCUGGGUUACGACCAAAAAUCUUGUCAUAUCAUCCUAAUGAUAGAGAUGAUAUAAGAAGAGCAUAUCUCCAAAAGGGCCCAUGUCAACCUAUUCAACACAAUUUUCCGCAAAGAGAUAUUAGUGGAUUGCUGCGUCGUUUUAAUCUUGCUUGGUUCGAAGAGUACAAAAAUUGGUUAGAAUACAAUAUAGAGAAGGAUGCAGCAUUUUGUCUAUGUUGUUACCUUUUUGGUCUUGAUGGCGGUAAUCACAAAGGAGGCAAUGCUUUUAUUGUAGAGGGGUUUAGACUUUGGAAUAGGAAAGAAAAGUUGCGAGAGCAUGUAGGAGGCAUUAAUAGUACUCAUAACCGAGCUGUGAAGGGUUGUGAAGAUCUUAUGAAACAACCCCAACAUAUUCAAAGUGUUUUUGAAAAGCACUCGACUCAAGAAAAACGUGACUAUCGAACUUGCUUAUAUGCACCCGUUGUUGUCGCAAGAUUCCUUUUGCGACGAGGUCAAGCUUUUCGUGGUCAUGAUGAAUCUGAAGAUUUGAGUGAUAGAGAAAAUUUUCUUGAGCUUCUGCAAUUCUUGGCCGAUCAUAAUGAGGAUAUUAAGAAAGUUGUAUUGGAGAAUACUCCAAAAAAUCAUAAACUAACCCACCAUGAUAUCCAAAAGGAUGUAGUGAAUAUGGCGGCGUGUGAGACUAGUAAUGCUAUCAUCAAGGAAAUGGGUGAAGCAUUUUUUUCAAUUUUAGUUGAUGAGUCUCGUGACAUCUCCAACAAAGAACAAAUGGCCCUUGUUUUGCGCUAUGUUAACAUGAAAGGCAUUGUUAUAGAGCGAUUCAUUGCAAUUGUACACGUUUCCAGUACAACUUCUUUAUCACUCAAAGAGGCAAUUGAAUCUUUAUUUGCUCGACAUGGAUUGAGUAUAUCAAGAGUACGUGGGCAAGGGUAUGACGGAGCAAGUAAUAUGCGAGGUGAGUUCAAUGGUCUCAAAGCUUUAAUUUUAAGGGAGAAUGAAUUUGCAUUUUAUGUCCAUUGCUUUGCUCAUCAACUUCAGUUGACUCUUGUUGCUAUUGCUAAGAAGCAUGAAGAUGUUGCUGAUUUUUUUCUAAUAGUUGCUAAUAUAGUGAUUGUUGUUGGAGGCUCUUGCAAAAGACAUGAUGCUCUUCAAAAUGCACAAGUUGCUAAUCUCCAAAAAGCAUUAGAUAAUGGUGAUCUUAAAAGUGGAAGAGGUCUCAAUCAAGUGACUACUCUUAAACGUGCUGGUGAUACACGCUGGGGUUCUUAUUAUAACACACUUCUUAACUUGAUUGUGAUGUUUAAGUCCGCAAUUGAGGUACUUGGUAUGAUUGCAGCAGAUGACCCAUCAACAGAUCACAAAGCUCAAGCUCGUUCUAUUAAGAAAUCAAUGCUAUCUUUCAAAUUUGCCUUUAGCCUACACUUGGUCAAAAAUGUCAUGGGAAUUACAAAUGAGUUGUCAAUAGCAUUGCAAAAGAAGACACAAGAUAUCGUAAAUGCUAUGGCACUUGUUGAAAUGUCUAAGCAAAGGUUGCAAAUGAUGAGAGAUGAUGGUUGGGAUUCCUUAUUGGCCGAAGUGUCUUCGUUUUGCAGCAACCAUAAUAUUUCUUUCUCGAACAUGAGUGAAAUGUUUGUAUCUAGUGAUCGACCAUAA